CUAUUAAGUUCACCGCCGUCGCCUUCUAAACUGCCUAUAAUCGGAAACCUCCACUACAUCGGACGCUACCCUCAUCGUUCACUUCAUGUCUUAGCUAAACGAUUCGGUCCUCUCAUGUCGCUCCGCUUCGGCAAUGUCCCUGUACUUGUCGUCUCCUCCGCUGAUGCUGCCCGUGAGAUCACGAAAACUCAUGAUCUCGCAUUCGUAACCAGACCGAAACGCAUUCUUUCAAAACUUCUCUACGAUUGUAAAGACGUCGCGUCCGCACCUUACGGUGAGUAUUGGAGGCAAAUGAGAAGUAUAUGCGUCCUAUAUCUUCUAAGUAACAAAAGGGUUCAAUCUUAUAUAGCUGUAAGAGAAGAAGAAACGGCUCUAGCAAUAGAGAACAUUGAAAAGUCUUGCUCUUCAGGCUUGCUAGUGAAUCUGAGCGAACUCUUUUCUACUACUACGAACAACGUUAUCUGCAGAAUAGCCUUAGGAAGAAAGUACAGUGAAGAUACGGGCAAGUUUAAGAAGCUUUUGAGGGAGUUCACAGAGUUGUUGGGUACUUGGGACGUGGGGGAUUAUCUUCCAUGGCUUGCAUGGGUAAGCCAUGUCAAUGGAUUCAAUGCUAAAGCCAAGAAAGUGGCGAAGGAGUUCGAUGAAUUUCUAGAUGGAGUGAUUGAUGAACACAUGAAUCGCCAUAACAAACUAGUAAAUGAUUUUAAAGGGAUUCAAGGUGAAGAUCAAAAAGACUUUGUGGAUGUUGUGCUUGAGAUUCAGAGGCAAGACACAGUUCCUUUUCCCAUGGAAAGGAUGAACAUCAAGGCUCUUAUCUUGGAUAUGUUUUCAGGCGGUACCGACACGACAUAUACAGCCCUGGAGUGGGCAAUGAAAGAACUCUUAAGGCACCCAAAGGUAAUGAAAGAGCUUCAGAACGAGGUCAGGAAAGUUUCCGGUGGGAAACUGAGCAUAACGGAGGAUGAUCUCGACAACUUGCACUACCUAAAAGCAGUGAUCAAAGAGACUCACCGUUUACAUCCUCCAGUUCCAUUGUUGCUUCCAACAAUAUCAACAAAAGAUGUCAAGAUCCAGGGCUACGAAAUCGUCGAAGGAACUCAAGUUAUUAUCAAUGCUUGGGCGAUCGGAAGAGACCCCUUGUCAUGGGAGAAACCAGAAGAGUUUCUUCCAGACAGGUUCCUGAACAAUUCCAUAGAUUUCAAAGGACAUCAUUUUGAGUUGAUUCCCUUCGGUUCUGGAAGGAGGAUUUGUCCUGGUAUCCUAUUUGCAAUGCAAAUAAAUGAGCUGUUCUUAGCAAAUCUGGUGCACAAGUUCGAUUGGUCAUUGCCUGGUGGAGCAAACGAGAAGGAUUUGGACAUGACCGAAUCGUUCGGCAUUACCAUACACAAAAACUCCCCUCUAAUUGCUGCAGCAAAUCAGUGUCAUUUCUAGUGCAGAGCCUCAUCUAUCUCCAUAUGUAUUCUAAGUUACAUG